AUGAAAAGUAGAGGCGCACUGGGGAGAGAGGAAAAAAGUUCUCAACAAGGAGAGGCAGGACUACUCUUACGGAGCCCCUGCAGUCUCACUUUUUUAUGCCUCUGAAAGACUUUCCCUGCCGUCUUCUUUUGCGUUUUUUGCUCUGCAACGCCACUUUUACGUUUCAGAGGGAGAAAGCUAUACUUUUUUUUUACUUAAGCGAAAGCCACACAGUACCAUGGAGCUGCUCUGUUUCGAAAUGGAGACCAACAUACGAGCUCGUCCAGACCCGAACCUCCUGUGCGAUGACAGAGUCCUGCAGAGCUUGUUGACUAUAGAGGAGAGGUUUCUGCCCCAAUAUUCCUAUUUCAAAGGCGUUCAGAAAGAUAUCCAGCCGUUUAUGCGGAGGAUGGUCGCUACUUGGAUGUUGGAGGUUUGUGAGGAGCAGAAGUGCGAGGAAGAAGUUUUUCCCUUGGCCAUGAACUACUUAGACAGAUUUUUAGCAGUGGUACCCACCAAAAAGUGUAACCUGCAGCUGUUGGGAGCAGUCUGCAUGUUUCUUGCAUCCAAGUUGAAAGAGACUCGUCCGUUAACUGCAGAGAAGCUUUGCAUCUACACAGAUAACUCCAUUAGACCGCAAGAGCUGCUGGAAUGGGAACUGGUGGUUUUGGGGAAGUUGAAGUGGAACUUGGCAGCAGUAACACCAAACGACUUCAUCGAGCACAUUGUGAGGAGGCUGCCGCUGCCCGAGGACAAGCUGGCACUUAUACGGAAACAUGUCCAGACCUUUAUCGCCCUCUGUGCCACAGAUUUUGGAUUCGCCAUGUACCCUCCCUCCAUGAUCGCCACAGGAAGUGUGGGGGCCGCGAUCUGCGGCCUGCAGCUGGACUCGGCUGACCAGUCACAGUGGGGUGACAGUCUGACGGACCUGCUGGCCAAAAUCACCAACACAGAAGUGGAUGUCCUCAAAGAGUGCCAGGAGCAGAUCGAGCGCGUGUUGGAGAGCAGCCUGCGUGAAGGGAGGCAGCAGCAGCAGCAACAGCAGCAGACUCAGAGAGGCCCCAGUGGAAAAGGCCUGGACGAGCUGGAUCAGUCCUCCACCCCGACAGAUGUCCGCGAUGUCAACUUGUGAAUCUCCGGCAGGGCAGCGUCGCACAGGAUUUACAAAGCAAACAAAAAAAAAGCAUUGUGACAAAAAAGAAAAAAAACCCUAAAAACUAAACAAAAAAAACAACUAAAUUUUUUCUUAAAAGCUGAAAAAAAGAACAAAAAUGUUAAAUACACAAGCCCUUUAAAAAGAACAAUGCUUGCUAGUUUUGUGAAUUUUCUGUUCUUCAAGUCAAAAAAAAUCACAAAAAAAAAUCAGCUGCACAUGAAAUGGAUUUUUUAUGAUGAUCUAGCCUAAAAGCAACACAUUUGAUACGAGAUGAAGCUCUGUGGUGCCUUGGAUAAACAGAAGGGAAGCCAAUCACAUUUGCAUUCUGCCUUUGAUUGUAUAGUAUGAUCUUUAAGUUAUAUUUGAACAAUAGCUUGAUUAUGAGGCCGUUAUGUGUUGAUUAUGAGGCUGAGAUGUGGAAAUCAUUAAGAAAUGGCAUACAUGGCAUCACAGCUGGAGCUUGCAUUUCUUUUCCUCUGUUUAGUUUUAUGAGUAUCAUCACCAUAGCAUUGGUUGUUGGUGUGAGAGUGUACGCGUGUUCGAGCUCCUUGACCAGUAGAGGGUCCACACGUGUCGAGGACGUGGAGAGAACAUUGUGCUUAAAAUCGGUCCUGUUUCCAGGCAGUAGCUGGGAUGAUCACAAAUAUCAGUAGAAUUAGUGAUUAUUAAUAUUAUCAUUGGACAUACUUUGAAACUGAGUAGUAGAUCAAUAAGCUCCUUUUGUCAGGCUGCUUGUACGUGUCAGGUUGUGGAUGCAGAGUGGAAGCACGUAUGUUUUUGUGUGCAGGAUUGCAUUUGUGUGUGUGUGUGUGUGUGUGUGUAUGGGGCAUGGAUUAUGACCAGUCAAUGUGUGUGUGUGUGUGUUGCGUUUGAAUGUUACAUGCGAUCCUGCAUCUAUAUUUGCAGUGUGGAUUCUUCGGCGUGAGGCACUUGAGCAACGUUGUAGACUUAUUAGACUUUUAUGUUGAAAGACAGCAGAGCGAGUCGCCACACAUACUUUGUCCAUCCAUUGUACAGGGCAUCUAUGCUACGUCACUGCCUUCAUGUAUUAACGGGGUGUCAUGGUUCUUCGCUGGCCAUCAAUAAACAGCGUGGACCGUGAUGGAGUUGCAAAGAAGACAUGGGCCAAUGGACUUUGAUGUAGAGCCCAUAUAUGUCUCAGAGUGCGUCACCUGAAACUCAACAGGUGAGGUGUAUUCCUCGCAUUGCGGUGAUGAAAUAUCACAGAUAUCUUCAUUCUUGGUGUUACAAUGUGGCGUUUUUCGUCAGUUGUGAGAAGCUGCUCUGAGUCUGAGCAGAGGAGUCAAGCUUGUCUUGAAGAAAGAUAUUUAAGUUGAACCUCUUCUGCCAGGAGUGCGGUGAGGCGAGGAGGCGUUUUGAGGGGUGGAGACAGCUGAGAAGUCACUGUGGUAGGAAGGGGAGGGUUUCGGUGAGGCAGGAGCAUGCUGCUGUGUAGGAGACGUGUAAGAUGUUCAGCCAGUGGCUGGAAGAUGAUUACAAAAGACACCCAAAAGCCUCACUAUAAAAAAAAACUUCUUUCUGCAUAUUGGGGCGGAGUCAGCAUUCACCUUGUGUGAUGGACGUCUACAACGACGUGAUAAGGUGAAUGAAAAUGUUCUGGGUUUCCAUUUACGUGGAAAUUUCACAAGGAAGUAAGACUGUACGUUGCCAGACUAUAUACGGUUUUAUUUUAUUUUAUUUUUUUAUUUGGUUUGGGUGGGGGGAAAGGGUGUAGUGGGCUGGGCCAGGGGUGGGGGGGUUACUGUCAAUGCAUCCUGAGUCCCAGGCCGGGUCGUUUUCAGCCUCCCUAUAUGAGUUUAAUGGAAAAGCACUUUGAAAACACAAGUAAAAUGAAACGCAUUGGGUGGUGGUUUGAGGGGAACAGAUUUCUCUUUUUUUAAUCUUUCCUCAUUAGACUUUUCUUUGGUUUACUUUGUAGGGCUGGUUUCCCAAACAUCACACAUACCAUUAGCCAAGCAAGCAACGGUCAGAUUUUUCAAGGCUUUCCGCAACUUACAGUGAGCUCAACGAGAGGACAUUCCUUUUAGAAGUAAAUACUUAAAAAAAAACUAAAUGCAUACAUUCCUGUUCAAGCAAAGUGCAAGUUGAUGGGGGGAAUUUUGACAGAUUAAAAAAAAAAUGCCAUGAUGAACCAAUUUCUUCACACAGUUCUGCUCCACGGGGUCUAUUGUCAUUGUCAAGACAUGAGAAAUGUUUUUUUUUUUUUUUCUUUUUUUUUUUACUUGAAUUUUUCUUUUUAUUUAUCUGCGUCGCAGCCAUGGAGAGCCACACGAGGCCGCAAUGAGCUAAAAGGCAGGGUGGUUGUAACAUCCAGUAUUUGCACAUGUUCUUCAAAGGGCAAUGAUGUUUGCAAUGUCAAGACGCCGCACAGCCUUCGUUUUUUAACCCGCCUUAACUGAUGCGUGUCGGAGUUGUCGGUCAGGUUUUACAUGGUGCUGGUUUGUGUGAGGUCGAUUCAGGCAGGCUGUCUGUCCACGAAUACAUCUGCCCCCUGUAAGCUUCGCUGCUUUAAAUCAUUGGCACGGGGGCUCAUCAGCCAGGCAGACAUCCGCACAAAAGACAAGUUGUUUUUUGGUUACUGUUUUCUUUUCUUUUUUUCUUUUUUUUGGGGACACAUUGAUUUGCCAUAGCAAGGUGUCUCUUUGACUUAAUGUUUGAGCUGUUUUUCUUUCUUUUACAUGACAGUAUGUGACUUAACUGAGUGUAUGUUUAUCAGUCUGAAGAGAGAAUGUGGGGAUCUGAUGUUUUUCAGUAAAACUGAACAGUUCAAAGGCAUCACUGCCAAACCAUCCCCAUUUCAAUAUCUGGUUUGACCCUUUCAUUUUGCCUCUGUUUGCCUGAUGUAAGCUCUCCCCAAACAUUGUGGUUGUGAUUUUCUUUCCAGCAAUUUAUUGUUGCAUGUGUUAUAUAUUGACACCACAGAUCAGUUUGUGUUUGAUAUAUACUCUGGGGUGACCAGACCCACAAAAGGGUUUUUCUAUGAUUUAGAGAUACUGUAUUCCAAAGUGAAGAGAGGACCGCGGAGGAGGUGUGAAGACAUCAACAAAAAGAAGUGUCAAUAUUUUAAUGUCUUUUUGCGCUGCUAAAAGCUAUGAAUUUGUUUCAUUUAUACAAAAAAAUAACAUUACCUAGUUGUGAUGUGUCACUUGUGUGCUGCUAUUUUAUAAACAUUUGUAUUAUAAUAUAAUUAUUUUACUGCUUAAGAGAUACAUCCCGAAAAACAAAGUAGAUGGAGAUAGAAGAACAUGAAAUGAAUAUUCGACUGGAAAUGUUCUUUGUACAGUUAGAUAGCAUGUUCAUUUCCCUUUUUUGUUAUCUGUUUUGCUCUCCUUCAGUCACGUUCUGCAUCAGUGUGUUUCCCAUACCUCAGGAUUACUGGACAAAACGAAAACUUAAGUUCAUCGCCUAUUUUUCUGCAGUGAGGAAGCCUGUAAUGGAGGAGAAACAAUACGUUGGGGUGGUGUGGGGGGAAAAACAGCAACAACUAAUGCAUUUGCAUUUUUGUGGAGGUUUCCCACUGUUUCAGUGGAGCAGCAUCUUACUUGAUGAGAUGGAAAACAAGAAAUAUGCAAGGCUUCCGGAUGGACUGAACGUUUCUUGGAGGGGAGGAGAGGAGAGGGCACCACUGCAUUGUGUCACUGGCUCCUCGUGAGCUGGAAACAAUGAAAAGCAGCAUUCCUGUGGUGGCCAAAGUCAAGUUCUUGUUUAAUACAACCCCCGAUCACCAUGAAUGUCGCUAACUACGAUCAAAAACAUUGUGUUUGUGCCCCCAGUGGAACUGCCAACCCUGUCAUGUCCACAUGUCAUAAAUAUUCUGAUAUCUGGAAGUUUCAAUGGUGCAGAUUUCCCCUUGAGGUCCCCGUCCCCUCCUCCUCCUCCUCCAUAACUCAUAUCAUGUACCUCAAAUGUCUGUUGCACAACCUCUGUUCAAUAAACUUCUGCUUUAAAGGGUGUGACACCACAUCAGCUCUCUA